UCUAACUUUUCCAUAGGGAAACAUGCCAUUUCUGGGAAGUGGCAGAAAAUGGGGAGGAGAGUGAUGUUAAUGGAGAUUUUCUCACUUUACAUCUUCUUCUCCUUCAUGUUUAAUGGAUUCUUUUUGGGAAAGAGUGAUUUAUCUACCAAAGAAGUCAAUCUCCAUCGUCGAUUAAGUAAUGAAGGUUUAUGUUCUCAGUUGAUUCAACCUUCUGGUUAUCCAUGCUCUGAACACAUCACUCAAACAAAGGAUGGUUACAUAUUAGGCAUUCAACGUGUGUCGUCAAGUAAUGGAGCCGUACAAGCUAACUCCGGUCCUCCAAUUCUCCUUCAACAUGGACUUUUUCAGGGUGGUGAUGCUUGGUUUUUGAAUUCCCCAGAGCAAUCAUUAGGCUUCAUCCUUGCCGAUCUUGGUUUUGAUGUUUGGGUUGGGAAUGUACGCGGUACUCGUUGGAGCCAUGGACAUAUCUCCUUAUCUGAGAAGGAUGAGGAAUUCUGGGAUUGGAGUUGGCAGGAAUUGGCUUUAAAUGACCUUGUAGAAAUGAUCAACUAUGUAUAUUCUGUAACAAGUUCAAAAAUGUACUAUGUGGGGCAUUCACAGGGAACCAUCAUGGCUCUAGCUGCUCUCUCCCAAACAGAUAUAGUGAAGAAGGUUGAAGCUGUUGCUCUUCUUUGCCCCAUAUCUUAUUUGGGCCAUAUUAGUGCUCAAUUUGUACUUAGAGCAGUUGGCACACAUCUGGAUCAGAUGAUCUUGGCUAUGGGAGUCCAUCAGCUCAAUUUUCGAAGUGAAGUUGGUGUUCGCUUAGUAAAUUCAAUAUGCGAAGGCCAUAUAGACUGUAACGAUUUGCUAACUUCUCUAACAGGGAAGAACUGCUGCUUCAACAAUUCGCAUGUUGACUUCUAUCUAGAGUUUGAACCACAUCCAUCAUCCGCGAAAAACUUGAACCACCUUUUUCAAAUGAUCCGCAAAGGUAAAUUUGGAAUGUAUGACUAUGGAUUAUGGGGCAACAUCAAACGAUACGGUUUAUUCCAACCCCCGGCAUUUGACAUCUCGAGCAUACCAACUUCUUUGCGUAUAUGGAUGGGUUACGGGGGUAAUGAUGCCUUAGCAGAUGUGACUGAUCUGGAGCAAACUGUUAACGAAUUGAAAUCUAGGCCGGAAUUGCUGUAUCUUGAGAAUUAUGGUCACAUCGACUUCAUCUUGAGUGUAAAUGCUAACGAAGAUGUGUACAGCCAUAUGAUCGACUUCUUUAGGAUACCAGAGGAAGCAAGUUCGUCUCAACAAUCAAGAAAUUGCGGAAGAGUUAGAAUUGGAUGUCAGGUUAACGAAAUUUAUUGGACAGGGUCCGCAAUAAAGGCAGGUGAUCUACACUACUAGGAGCUGUUAAUAGGAUUGAUCUUCAAAGCUGUUUAAUUGGAUGUCAGGACCUUUGCAUCUAGGAGCUCCCAUGUAAGCCUGAAAUUCAAAUUUCUAGAUGGUAUUUAUCUCUCUUUUUUGAGUUAGUAAAAACUCUCAAGCACCUUGAAGACUGUUUGUAUCAUGACAAUUCCAUUCGAGUAUAGAUGUAGCAGAAUUUGAUGUGAAUCCAUGACUAGGUAGGUAAAGUGGUAGACCCUUUGAAUUUUGAACUUUAAGAAAAUUAUUUUUGUUA